CCCCCCCCCCCCCCCCCCCCCAGAUAGACGACUUCGCACAAUUCUGAGACUUUCCAUGACCAUGCAGCUCAACAUUUUUCGGUAAAGCGCCUUAAUUCCAGCUCCAUCUGGCCGGCACACUCUGCCCAGGAUCAUCCCACGACUAGACUAACCCCAGUUUUCCCCGUCUUGAUUUUCUCCCUAGGCAGAGCUAGUACAUCCGCGCCGUUCUACUCAUUUUACGACUUACAAAAUGGCGUCCGGCUCCUCGAAUCAUCGUACAAUGGAGUCUCGUACUGGUAGAACAAAGCAACGCUAUAACUCGAAGGGUGAACGAUUGGUAGCGGGAGUGGUCCCUCUCUCGGAGGACCGGCUAUACGUUUUGCUCAUCCAAUCGACUCGGAGAAAAGGCUGGGUUCUUCCCAAGGGCGGGUGGGAAUCAGAUGAAGAAUGUACAGAGGCCGCUGAACGCGAAGCCUGGGAAGAAGCCGGUAUAAUAAUCCGCAUCGACUAUGAUCUCGGCGAAGUCAUUGACUCGCGGCCGCCUAAAAGGCUAUCUAAGGAUGCUCCUAAAGCUCUAUACCGCUUCUACGAGGCUACCGUCCUGACAGAGGAGAACAACUGGCCUGAGAAGCAUAAGAGAGAACGCCAGUGGUUCACAUACACCCAGGCAAAGGAGGCUCUUUCUGAUCGACCGGAGCUGCUACAGGCUCUCGAAUUAUCUACUAUGCACAGAACAUAAGAAUCCGGGUGUAACCGAGAAGAGCCCUUGUUCAAUGUCCCUCUCACAGCGCAGUUCGGCACACGUCUUUCUAUUGUCCCAUAAGAUCCAUUUGACCACGUUCUAAUCUGGAAAAAUUGCAUAGACCAGGGUUCUGGAGUUGUCGGCAUCUCUCGAGAUCUUUCUUUCUACCGUGCGGCAUUAUAAUACUCAUCUCCUUGACUCUUUUAUUUCUGACUGAGCCGGAGAGGGAGAACUAUUUGAGAUGGCGAGCUUCGAUGUUGCUGAUAUCUCAUCGACCCCUGUUUUCCCUGCCGCUGUUUACUAAUGAAAGAAGGCAUACUAAGCUUGCAUAGAACUAGGCGUUGUUGGCAACAUGGUAUAGAAGUUGUUGAAAACAAGAUUGGUCGGUAGCGGCAUCAUAUACAUACGCGCCUAGAAAACUGGCGUUAAAUGGGUGCAUAUCUAUAAAAUCUAAGUAGUACCAAGAAGUAGAAGAGGGUUCGGGCUUCUCGAAAUCUCAUCUAUUCAGAGCGAAUUACAACCGCGUUCUCAGCUAAUGCGGGUGGUUGAAAUAAUACAUCUACUAGCUGGAUUUGCUGCAUGUCAGUAACAGUACGUGCGUACAUGCGUACAUGCGUACAUGCUCCUCGCAGGUGACUGGUAUAAGG